UUGAGGCGAUUGAGACGAACGGAGUUGCUUUUCUAGUGCUCUUUCCACCCUUUUCACGGUGCCCUUUCUCUCUCUCUCGGCCGGUAAAAUACGAGUGGUAAGCGCACCUCCGCUGGCAUGGGUCACAACAGCAGGACUCAGCAGUAUGAUGGAAGUUAGUGAAGAUCCUUUGCCGUUUUCAAGGCCAAGCAACUCUCACGUUGUUACAUGGCUGGAUUUUCUGCUCGACGAUUCCCUACUUGAAAAGCACCUCUCCAGGGAAAAACCAGAUCCUCCUCCGUACGAGCUUGUGAUUCAGUUUUUGGCAAAUGCUACUGAACCACCAUCUCAAGGGCCAAAUGGAGGCACUGUGCAGCAGGGUAACGGCCUCCAAGGCAUGGUCAACCUAGAUGGCACGCCAAAUGAACCAGGAAAUUGUUCACCUGAAGAAGAGCCAGGGAGCCGGAAGUCUCUGCCUCUCAAGUUGCUGGCCCUGAAAGCAAUAGCUUUUCUACAUUGGAACAUGGAUCUCUGCGAGCAGAAGCUGCCACUGACAAUGCAACAGACAUUGAUUGCAGAGCUCCAGAAAGCAACUUGUUGCUCCGAGCUGAAUGAGGAGCAGAGGCUGAGCAACCCUGAUGCAGCCUUUGCCUACAUGAUCAAGUCUCGCUGGGUUGUGCGCACAGUUGUGCACUCCUCCAUACCUGUUAAGAGUGCUAAAGGGAUUCCUGUUCAGCUGCCUGGUCAAGUGGACCCAACUGUGGUGACUGCAGAAAUGGCCGAUACAAUUACUAAAAAGUGUGAAGAGGAAUUGGAAGAAGCAGUCGCAUUCUUGGAAAAGUUGUUGUCUCUCCGGACAACAGGCGGGUUGAACAUACGGGUUCCUGCAUAUGAAAGUUUUACUAUUGUCAAAGCCGAGAUUUUAGACCCUGAACAUAAUCUGGAAAAGGGUGUAGUAGCCACUGUUGAUGACGUAUGCUGUCAGGUGUCAUACGAACUUGGAACAUAUCAUUUCUACAAGGAGAAUUACAAAAAGGCUGGGGAGCUUUUUGAAACUGCUCUCUCCCUCCAUCCAAAGGUGAAAAAGAAAUUGGUAUGCCAUUUGGACAUGGAGCGACUAAAGGGCUUCUGUGUGGCAUGUCGUCCAGCUACCACCAAGAAAAUCACGUCCCCACUGGAAAAGCUGAAAGCUACUUUGCAUGGCAACUGCAAGGCAACAGUAUCUGUGCUUCUUGAGGACAAUGUGAAGCAAGAGAUUCCUCUGUGGGAAAGGGAACUUGCUGAAGUCGUUGUCCACCAACUUGCAGCCGGUACGGAGGUGGCUGCACAGGUGUCGCUCUGCAACUGCGUGCGCCGUGUAAUCGAUGGAGAGCUGUUUGUAUGCGGGGCUCAGGUGAACUUUGCAUCCCUUGACAAGGGCUGCGUCAUCUUCCUUAGUGAGGCACUGAAUGCUGUUAUCCCAACACUGAAUGAAAAACAAGUGGGCUUUUUGAAGAAUUUUGUAGGAUAUCUGUGCAAUGCCUCAGCGGAUGUAGCCAAAACACUUUCCUGCUCUGGUGUGAUGCAAAAGUACUUCCCAUUGGAUCAGGUGACCCCACCAGGUGAAAUACCACCAAAGAUUCCUCUAGAGAGGAUCUUCUUUUCUGCGGAAAACCCCGCCACAAAUAUAGGAAGGAUGGGGAGAGCACUUGUGGCUUCACAUGACCCAGAAGAGAUCGUCUCUCUUAUCAAAUUUUUCCAGGGUGUUUCACCUCCUGUUCGGUUGACAUCACUGUGCUCACAUUGGCAACUGACUAGAAACUUGCGGCAGUUUCAUCGGGGCCUCCCACAGCAGUGGCAAGAUCGCAUGUUUGUCCAUCUGGCAAAAGCCCUGGAGUUACGCUCCCUCAAGUUGUUUGCUCCAUCACUGUUGCUCUUCCAUGCGGUGGAGGCAGAAUUGCGUCUACCACCGGGCCUGGCAGCACUGUUGGUGGCCGAGAUGCGCUACACAGAGGCCCUGCAGGCAGCAGAGUCACUGCCAUUACCAGCCGGUGCCCAUAAGCCUACAGAUAUUAUUGAACUGGCUCGUACCUCCUUACUUGCAUAUUAUGCUGAGGCUGACAAAGAUUAUCGACCAUGUCAAGAGAUGGCUGAACUGUGCUGCACAUUGCUUAUAAACUUGGCUGAGUGGGAUGUCUUCUUGGAGAUUGAGAAACAGCAACGAGGAUCGAUGGGUGUAUUUGAGUUGUCCAAGGCAUUGGCAGCAGUCUGCAAAGAUGUCUACUCAAACAAGUUUACUCGUUCUAUUGCCCAAGAGCUCUGGGAUCUCUUACUGUCAAUGCUUGUAACAUCAGAAAGCCAGCAGCAAGAAAGGACUGCUACGGGGGCUGUCAAAGAUGGUGCCCAGCGAGACACUGCCACACCUACCUUAAGCAGGCAUACAUUCCAUUCUUUUCUUCAGCAGCUAAAGGACAACUUGGCUUUGACAAUACUGUUGUCGUGCCUUGCCAGGAUAUAUAAUAUCUUAAGGGAGGAGACUGGGUCAGAGGUGUGCCUAGAGUACCCACAGCUGUGGCCAACAGUGAUUAGCAGCCCAUCAAACUAUUGCCGGUCUACAGCGACUGAUGUGUUUCAUGCUACGCUACAGCACUGCCUGGCUACAAACAACUCCCAUGCUGGAUGGGUCAAAGUAUUGGCAGACUUCUCCUAUG